AUGGUCCGUGCCCGCGCCCAGGUGGCGGGCCGAGCCUGGCACACAAACGCCGACGCGCGCGACGCAUCGCAGGAAGCCUCGGCUGUCACGCGCCGCGCAUUCAUUGCGCUCACGGCCGGCACUGGCACGUACCUGCUCACCCCGCGCGGCGCGACGGCGGCCCGCUCCCCGCCCAACGGCGCGCCGGCGGCCGCCGCCGGCGGCACGGACGGGUGGGCCAAGUUCACAGGCUAUGCACUACAGCCAGACCUGUACCUGGGCCAGGGCUACACCCGCCCCAUGAACUACGACAAUGAGCCCAAGUACACUUUCGAGUACCCCGGCUCCUGGCAGGAGGAGCCCGUCAGCAAGACGGACAAGAGCACGAUGGGUAUGGACGGCAUGGUGCGUGACCCGCGGUCAAAGCGCACCAAGGCGUUCGUGGUGACCCUGGGCGGCAAGGAUUACGCCAUGGCUCGGCUGACGGACGCAAAGAUGGCCAUACAGGCGGGCCGAUUUUCUUUUGCUAUGGCCGGCUCCGACCCCGACCUGCGGGAGGCGGUCAGCAACGCCAGCAACAUGGACGCCACGAAACGCGUCAUCGACGGCGUCGAGACGUACUGCUAUGACAUCUCAGGUGACCGCGCUCACUACCUGGCAAAGGUCGCCAUCAAGGACCAGACGGUUUUCGGGCUGUUUGUGGCCACGCCGGUCAACGCGUGGGACGCUAACCAGGGGGGCAUGCGCCACGUGUACGACAGCUUCAAGCUGCUGUAG